CUUCCCCUGGAAAGUGCCGACUCUAAGGAAUAGACAAAUACACUUGUGGCUCUUUCCUGCCUUGGGAGCUAAGCGAAUUCUCCAGCGAGGAUGCUGAAAGUGACAGGUGGCUUCUGGAGCAUUUGAGUCACCAUGCAGAAAAAGCGAUCGAACAAAUUCAUGAUGUCGAUGCUGAUGAGCCAUUUCCUGAUGUCAAUUUGAAGAGAUCUAUAUUGGACCUGUGUAGCUGUCCAGCAGCCAUAGAUGGACUGGAAAUGAAAAAGGAUUGACUCUAAGGAGCUACACCAUGUCGGGGAAGCCUUUAUUUCAUUAUGAUGAAUCCCGGGGUAGAAUGGAGUCUGUGCGGUGGCUCUUGGCUGCAGCUGGAGUAGAGUAUGAAGAGAAGUUUAUACACACUAAUGAAGACUUAGAGAAGUUAAGAAGUGAUGGAGUUCUGAUGUUCCAACAAGUGCCCAUGGUGGAGGUUAAUGGGAUGAAGCUGGUGCAGAUCAGAGCCAUUCUGAACUAUUUUUCCAGCAAACACAACCUCUAUGGGAAGGACAUGAAGGAGAGAGCCCUGAUCGAUAUGUAUUCAGAGGGGUUGGCAGAUUUGAAUGAGAUGUUUAUUCUCUACCCAUUUGACCCACCUGGGGUCAAAGAAGCAAAUAUUGCCCUGAUGAAAGAGAAAGCAAAAAACCGUUACUUUCCUGCCUUUGAAAAGGUGUUUAAGAGCCAUGGACAAGACUACCUCGUUGGUAACAAGCUAAGCAAAGCUGAUAUUCACCUGGUUGAAAUGAUCUACAACAUGGAAGAGCUGGAUGCCAACAUUAUAGCCACCUUCCCUCUGCUGCAGGCUCUGAAAACCCGCAUCAGUAACAUGCCUACCAUAAAGAAGUUUCUGCAGCCUGGAAGCCAGAGGCAGCCUCCUGUUGAUGAGAAAAGUGUACAAAAAACAAGGAAGAUUUUCAAGUUUUAAUGAUGUGAUUUUGACCAAGUACUACACCUCCAUGUUGUCCCUAAACAUUGUGAGACAAUGAUCUUUCUCACUUGAGUAUGUUAGUGAAAUAGUGGGCUUCUAUGACACAGUUUAAUGAAAACUAUUUUAUUAUGGAUAUGCUGUGGAGUUGAUUUUCUAAUUCCCUGAUGUAAUGCUUUCCUGUAAUAAAAUAUUAAAUAAAAAAUGUGGAUUAUGUGAUUUUUUUUAGUCCUAUAAUAUCUGUCAUCUCAUCUAUUGAAAAAAAUCAAGUUUAAAAAUUUCACUGAAUGUUCUCUUCUCAAGCAAACAGAAUCAUGGAUAUA